AUGCCAAACCACAGAGACCUGGCUGCCCUGCCGCGAGCCUCAUUUGCAGAAGGCCGACUCGCCUUUUUAGGCGACAUCCCUCUAGACGCCGAAAAGCAGGAGAUCGCAGCCUUUGUUAACAAUCAAGGCUUCAAGAGCGUGACGUUGUACUGGGCCUGCGAGAAACGACUUGAACCCACCGGAUGGAAGCACGAGGGCUAUUGCAUCGCCGAGUUUCUGUCCCGAAACGAUGCCCAAGAGGCAACCAACAAAUUGCCUGAUGCCGUUUUCAAGGACAGGCAUCUCAAGACAGCCGUUCCUCAGCUUCGCAAGCAACCUAGUUCCGAUCCUGUCGUUCCAACCCCCCCUCCCGAGGCGAAAGCCAUCUCCUCCGAGGCGAAAGCCAUCUCCCCCGAGGUGAAAGCCGUCACCAGCGCGCAAGGUGCCGAGCCACGUCUUGUCAAUCCCCCGACGUCGAACCCUCCCCCGGCACAACAACCGCUAGUGAAGACCAUCACUAUUGGACGUGGUUCUGCGAUAGCCACUAGCACCGGCUCCGGCCAUACAAACAAGGCCGACCCUGCAAAGAUCCGUCAAGCUUUGCAAAACCUAAAGUACCCAGACGCGUACAGUUACUCCGACAGCUGGGGCAGGGAUGACAUCGAGGGUGCCGUGAUGGCAAGGAUGAAGCAGCGUGAGAAGGAGUUGAACUCCAGCGGCUCUCUUCUGGGGAGAGAUGGUGACCGUGAUCGCGUCCGCUCACAAGCUGUCCCCUCUCCCUCUCCUGGUGACAAGAAGCAUUGUUCUUCCACCUGGAUCUACGUCACAAAGGUUGAGUCGGAUGAACGAAAAGCACAGAGGAUCACUCUCCCCGAGCUUCCCCUCUACCUGGCAAACGGAUGGCAGGAGUGGUUCAAGUGCCAGAAGCCUGUAGAAGAGGGUACCGACAAGGAUGAGCGAAAGAUAUUGAUGGUUGAGGAUGUCAACACUGUCGACAAUCCCAAGAAUGACACUCUCAAACUGUUCGAUAUCGGGACGGCCAUUUCCCAAAAGGCCGACGGCAUCACCUGGACCCCCGGUCGUGUUCUUGGAGCAACUGAUGGCACCGAGGAGGCUCCCAUGUCGACCUCGAAGACAUUUAUCCCGCCUGAUGCAUCUGGGGCCGACAUGUCUUCUGCUACUUCACGAGGCCAUCAUCAAAAGUACACGCGGCCAUCAAAAGUCGGUGCUGGCUGGGGUGACUACGACCGUUUCCGAGAAUGGCAGUUGCAUGGGCGAAGGGUGGAGGUGGAUUGGGUUGAUAAGAAAAGAUGGGACCCUGAGAAUGGAAACGAGAUUCAGUUCCGUCUCUUGGGAAAAGAUGGCGAGACUCAAGGUGAUCGUGUCACUGCUGACUCUGAUGGGUUUCGGCCAACGUUAAGCGAGUCGACGACCCUCCCAGAGUCACUUUAUGAGAAGUUGACCAAGGCCAAGGCGUCGCGAGAUAAUCACAGGGCAGGUCGAGGUGGUGUUGGACGUGGUGGUGUUGGAAGAGGUGGUGUUGGAAGAGGUGGUGUUGGAAGAGGUGGUGCUGCACGAGGUGGUGCUGCACGAGGUGGUGCUGUGCGAUCUCAAUGGUGA